AUGACUUUCUGUGAUGGCCAUCGCAUCAUACAUCUGAGACUUAACUGUAUAGACUUCAAGAUGCGACAAAUCUUAGCACCAAUUUCAAAGCGGAUUUGCCAAAUUAGACAAGACAAUACGAUGAUGCGCUGCGUCCCUGGCAUAAGAGUCUUGAUCCUCUCAAAAACGCUGCCAAGCUCCUACGACGGAACUAGUCGUUUCGUUCAUUCGACACAUGGCAACAAGGCUUCACCCUCGAUGGAAACAAACGACAAUAGCACAAAUGUUGCUGCCAAAAAUGAGCGACGUAGCGUCAAAAACCAGCCACUUUCACUUCUUCCGCUAACAAUGAUUGUACGCUCUCUCGCCACAAGCACAGUGUCAUCCUCGCCCAAGCUGCUGGCAAUCUCCCUUUCCCUGCUGCGAUUUUUAGCAUUCAGCGACACGAAACUUCUCAAUCCGGAUCACAACAGGUUGUUGAAAUACAUUUUGAACAUGUCUCUCUACAAGCAAUUUUGUGCAGGCGAAAACGCGGAACAAGUCGCAGAGACUCUUGCGGGUGUAAAGAAGAUCGGGUUCACAGGGGCAAUUCUGGCAUAUGCUAGAGAGUCACCGAAUGAAGAUUCCGAGGGGGCUUCGAAAAGUUCCGACUCGAAAGUUGACCCCGACGAAAAGGCGAACAAAGAAAUAUCCACAUGGCUCGAGAAUUCACUGAAAACUGUGCAAUUAGCCGCAGCUGGCGAUUUCGUCGCGCUCAAAUUCUCCGGAGCAGGGAGUCGUGCCCGUGAACAACUCCAGAAGGGGUUAAAACCUGGUCCGUACUUCACUGAAUCUAUCGAUAGAGUCUGUCAAAUUGCGCGCGAGCGCGAUGUUCGCGUGUUGAUUGACGGCGAACAGGACGAGCUGCAAGAUACUAUCGAUAAAUGGACGCUUGAGCUUGCUCAGAGGCACAAUGUUGUGCCUGACAAGGCCAUCAUCUUUGGCACCUACCAGGCCUAUAAGAAAUCCAUGCCGCGAACGCUCGCCAGCCACCUGAGAGAAGCUCAGCAGAACAACUUUACGCUUGGUGUUAAGCUCGUUCGAGGCGCAUAUCUUCAGUCUGACCCACCCGAACGUCUGCAAGGCAGUAAAGCCGACACAGACGCUUGCUAUGAUGCCACUGCAAUCAGCGUCUUGACUCGUGAAUGGAGCUCGACAAUCCCAGGCUCUGGCCCAUAUCCGAAAGUCAGCAUCAUGUUUGCGACACAUAAUGCCAGCUCUGUCAGAAAGGCAUACGCCAUUUCUGUGGAAGGUCGUGCUCGAUCGGAGCUACUAUUCGCGCAGCUACAAGGCAUGGCCGACGAGAUCAGCUGUGAGCUGGUCGAGAUGAAUUCCAGCACAUCAUCCGAGGAGCCGGUGACUCCACCCGCCGCGCAACUUCCAGUGUAUAAGUACAUGGCCUGGGGAACUACUGGAGAAUGUAUGAAGUAUUUGCUCCGAAGAGCAGAAGAGAAUCGAGACGCCGUCACCAGGACAAGAGAGGACCGCGACGCCAUGUGGUUCGAGCUGCUACGCCGUGCCAAGGGAGUAUUUCGGACAAUUUAG